UUGAAGUCUUCAAUGGCGGACGACGCUCGCGCGUUUAAGCGACAGAAGCUCGCGACGAGCACAGACGCUGAUACGACACCCUCUGAACUGGGCUUCUACUUGAAUAGACUGAAAACUGCCCCAGCCUCCCAUAACUUGCACGCCAAGCGUCUGAGCGAUCUGUUAGAGGGAGACUUUUCCCGAUGCUUACUGACCAACUAUAUGUUCGAUCUGCCGUGGCUGUUCACCGAAUGUCCCCGACUUAAGGAAGUGCCAGUUGUGCUGGUGCACGGAGAGAGAGACCGACAGGGAAUGACGAAAGAGUGUCGAGAUUACUCCAAUGUGACGCCUGUGGCGCCGCCGCUGCCUAUUCCAUACGGAACGCACCAUACCAAGAUGCUGGUGGCGCUAUACCCGGAGAGAGUGCGGGUGGCGAUCUUCACAGCUAACUUCCUGUCCAACGACUGGAAUACCAAGACGCAGGGCUUAUGGUACCAGGACUUUGGGCUCAAGGUUCUUACUGACAGCGACGAGGAAGAGAAAGAGGCUGUCGCCAAAAGUUCUAGUGACUUUGAGGCAGAUCUGGUCCACUACCUGUCGUCGCUGGGAGCGCCAGUCAAGCUGUUUUGUGGAGAACUCAAGCGAUUCGACUUCUCAAGUGCAAGAGUUGCGUUGGUUCCAUCCGUUCCUGGUGUUCACAAAGGCAAAGAUAUGGAAAAGUACGGACAUCUCCGCGUGCGCAACUUGGGAUCCCUUGACGAGAAGUGGCUCUUUGGAGAGUUUGCAGAGAGCUUGUUGCCAGGGAAGAAACAUAUCUCGUCCACAUCCAUGCCAGUUCAAGCACUGCACGUAAUUUGGCCCGCGGUUGAAGAUGUGAGAAACUCGCUCGAGGGAUGGAACUCUGGGCGCUCGAUCCCUUGUCCAUUGAAGAACAUGAAGCCAUUCCUGCACAAAUACCUGCGGAAGUGGAUGCCGCCGGCAGAACUUCACCGCCAAAACGCCAUGCCACACAUCAAGUCGUACGCUCGCUUUAACGCGAGCGAGGAUAAAGCAGGGGAGCUAGACUGGGCCAUCGUCACCAGCUCAAACUUGAGCAAAGCGGCGUGGGGCUCGCUCCAGAAGAACAAGACGCAGUUCAUGAUCCGGUCGUAUGAGCUCGGUGUCAUGUUCUUGCCUCCUCUAUUGGGACGUCACAGCAAUGCAGGAACUUCACCACGUCUUGUGACGAUUGGGAGUAAAGCGGCUGAACAUUCCGACGUAGCAGAACAACCGACAGAGCUGUUGCCACUCCCGGUGGUUCUUCCGACGGACGAGCUAGUUCGAAUGGAGUGCGCUGCCACGAUGACGGUUGCUGAUCUCGUGAGGACGCUGGAGAAACGUGCCAGUUUUCAGAAAACCAAUGGAGUCGACGGAAACAGAGACGUCGGCUCUUGUGAACUCAAGGACCAGGCGCUUGUGGUCGAUGAAGUGGAAGAGCUGGAUAUUCUCGAGUUUCAACUUGCUAGUAUAGACACUCCAGAGUGGAUUCCCGAUCGUAGCUUUCGGCGCUCCCGCAGGAUCUCGCCGAUCAUCAACUCGUCGUCUCAUAAGGUGCUGGAAGCAGCUCGACCAGUCUCAACGACUUUACUUCCAUUGCACCAAGUGAAACAAGACCGGGCUUUUCGAGAGGAGACAUCGACGAACCAAAGCACAACAAACCAUCCACUGGUGAGGUUUAAGGAUCUAAUUCAGCACUCCCAGGUGAUUCGAUCACGUCUUCGAACGCGACCACGGAAUAAGAAGAAGCGCUUGCUGUUUACUCGUUUUCAAGCGGUCAGACGCAACGCCAAACAGCGAAAAAAUACGGCUCGUGUCCUUCUUCGGGCGGGGAUGCAGCUGAUCGAGCUCAUCCAUCUAUUUCAUAAGGACGUGCGAGGAUUGGUGUUUCUUCUGCGUGAUGCGAUUCUGGGUGGUAACACCUUGAGCAUAUGCGAGUUGUUGUCAUUGGUGAGGAGGAUGGUCAAGACAUUGACUCAUCUAAAUCUUGAUUCGAGUGCAUCCGCGUCUUUUCUAGAGGAAGAUAACGAGAGUUUGGUUCGAAGAUUGUCAUGGGAUAUUGCUGGCAAGGACGGAGGCGUCACUGUUAUUCUGGAAGGAUGGGUGGUCACUGCAGAGUGGGGACCCUUCUGGAGAUCACAGCGCAAGGAAUAUGCGUGUCUGUGUGACAACCACGUCCUCUACUUUUUCUCGAGUCGAACGCAUUGUGCGGACUUUGUGUUCGAACUGGGACGGCUACGAGACGGCAGCGUAUCGGACACCAGCAAACGUCUAAUGAAAGCCAGCAGCUCGCUAAGCCAGAUUGAUCUCUCCGAGACCGACUGGAGUGUGAGGAAAAGCAUCCAAGAAGAGGAGUCGGGAACGGUGCAUCGCAAUGCCUUCGCGUUCUUCGACCCAACUGGCAGGAUGCGACUGGUGUUGGACGUAAGUUCUGGCGCCGAAGCUACAAGGUGGGCAAGGCUGAUCUCUGCUGAGAUGAGCCAAAGCAAAGUAUUCGCACGAAUGCGCGAACUGAAUGAUGAACCUGCGAGAUCGUCAGAAGACCCCGAUCCAUUUGCCACAUGGACAGAGAUAUUGACGCAUGCCACUGCGAAUGCUAACGAUCAGCAGUCCUUGAUGAUCCCGCUGCAUUCGCUGUACUCGCAGAUGGACCGACGAAACGGGACAGCACGAGAAGAACGCUACAAGUCGUGGAUACUUGGUCAAGCUUUGAAAGAUUUGCAGCGCGAUUGCGUUAAGAUUAAUGGUCUUGUGCUUGCUGGGGCUUCGCUGGAAGCGAAUAUCCUUGCGCUGACACUUGAGAUCUUGAAGUGCACGGAAGCGGAACAAACUUUCGCGUCGAAAACACGAGCAGGAGACGCAGCUAUGUUUGCAGAAGAGAUGACUGCGCUACGGUUUGCCCGUCAAGUGAUAAUCUACAGCUCGCGCACUCAUGGCGGAGGGGAUAUCCUCGACGCCUUACAUCUUCUGUUUGGCAAUGAAAAGUAUUGCAUCUGUCCAGACGCACCAUCAAUGGAGCCGAUUGACAUCAACGUCUCGAAGGAGGAGAACUCUGAAGUGCCUCUCAGUGCUCGCAUCACAAUGAAAAUGACCUAUCGCGUGAUUCCGACGGAUUCGAUUGGCCCCAUGGAUGAACAAGCUGAUAGCUUUAUCCAAAAUCAAGAGGCGGAUCGAGAGUUUAAGAUCGUAGGAAUAUACUCACAGAAAUACGCUGAAAUCCUCUUGGAUCUUCCUAACGGCAAUACCCACCACGGAUUCGACGGUUGUGUCGAUACAUCCGAGGACUUCACGACGUCUGCAUACUCGAGAGCUGUGGAGGUCUCGGUGGAGCUGGAACGAUUCCACGGGCGCGUCAAGAGCACAUGGUGA